UAGAGGGAGGGAGCCACAGGGGCACAGCGAGUGAUACUGACAGAGAGAGAGAGAGAAGGAGAGAGAUCCAGAGUUAUGGCGCCUGUGACCGGACCCCUGUUGCUCAUGCUGCUACUUCUGGGGUUAGACCGCUACAACACCUCCUCUGCUGCUGCCGCCAAGAACCGGUGUGACAUGACAACCCUGGUGAUGACCAAGACAGAGUGUCACUCCUGUAGCGUCAGUUCCAACGUGGGCUGUCCAGCAGGCUUCAACAAGAAGAUUCCCGGGAAGGGAAAACCAGACUGCAAGUACCAUGUGAGUCCCAUGGCCAGUCUGGUGUUGUCUAUCAAGGGCUGUUCUCAUGAGUGUUACAAGGAGGUGGUUGAGCCUCACUGCUGUCCAGGGUACUGGGGACCAGACUGCAUCGAGUGCCCAGAGGACGCAGACAGGCCCUGCAGUAAUAAUGGACUGUGUUCUGAAGGCAUGGGUGGCAACGGGACCUGCAGCUGUAAGCCUGGCUUCGUGGGAACUGCGUGUGAAGACUGUGCAGAUAAUCUUUACGGCUCAACCUGUAGUUCUGCCUGCACGUGUGGACAUGGCCUGUGUAAUGCUGGUAUCCACGGUGACGGGAUAUGCACCUGCUUCUCUGGGUAUAAAGGCCCAAAAUGUGAUCUUGAGCUGCCGGAGUGCUCGUCUCUGCUUUGUCCACAGAACACUCGCUGUAUGCAGGGCUCACUUGAUGGGUCGCUGCGUUGUCAAUGUCUACCUGGCUACCGAACCUCUGGAGAUCAAUGCAUAUCCAUAAACCCGUGCCUGCAGCAGGUGUGCCACAUCCAUGCCACCUGUGCCCAUGUGGGGCCCAACAAGCACUUGUGUACCUGUGCCCAGGGCUACAGCGGGGACGGGCACGUGUGUGUUCCCAUAGACCCCUGUCAAACACACCUGGGGGGCUGCUCUGCUGACUCUGCGCGCUGCAUGUACGAUGGGCCAGGGAAGUCUCAUUGUGAGUGUCAAGAUGGGUUUGACCACCUGACAGGAGGGGUGAGCUGCAGCCUGAAGGACUUGUGCAGACCUAACUCCUGCAGCAAACACGCCAACUGUUCAACAGUGGAGCCGAACAUAGUAGAGUGCACAUGUCACGAGGGUUACGUGGGCAACGGCAAGAUUUGCUAUGGCAACAUCAUGCAGCGUCUGAACGAUCUGAACUCAGAGCCCGGGGGCCAAUGGACCGGUCAGCUCAGCAAUGCCAUCACACUCUUUGGUGCCAUUACUUGGCCCCUGAGCAACGUUGGCCCCUUCACCAUCUUCGUCCCAAUCAACAAGGGCUUCAAAGGAACUCCGCUGAUAACUCUGAUGGCUGACCCAAUGAAGGCUAAGUACCUGUGUAAGCUGCACAUUGCUCCCGUGGAGAUGCCCUAUGACAUGCUGAACAGAGGGGUCAUCUACUACACUCUGACGGGCAAGGCAGGGGAGACGGUGACAACAGAUGACCAGCUCAAGAUCCGUAUCCAUGGCAGCAGGAAGAAGGGCGGGGUCCUGCAGUCUGAUGUCAUCGCUUCCAAUGGGAUCAUCCAUAUUAUCAACAAGCUGAUGGACAGUGUCUCACCCACGGUGGAGAGCGACAGAGAGGAGAAUCUGAUGAAGAUUCUAUCAGACUAUGGGAAGUUUUCCAAGUUCAAGGAUUUGUUGAUGAAAGCCAAUAUUGAUUCUGUAUUGGAGGAGGCUGGGCCCUCCACCAUCUUUGCCCCCACCAACACAGCCUUCGAUGCCAUGAAGGAGGGACAGCUGGACUAUCUCACCUCUAGUGAGGGAAGCACUAAACUACUGGAGCUACUAAGGAAUCAUGUGAUCCCCUCAUUCAAUGUGAGUGUCUAUAACGCUGUGACCAACCAGCGGAUUAGGACCAUUGCCAAUCAGAUCCUCUCGUUCAAUGUGACUGAAAACGGUCAAAUCCUGGUCAACGGCAUGGCUGUACUGGAGGCAGACGUGGAGGCCAAGAACGGACGCCUCUAUUCGCUGGACGGAGUUCUAAUCCCGUCCUCCAUCGAGCCGGUACUGCCUCACAGGUGUGACAUCACAGAGAACAAACUUUUGAAGGGUGACUGUGUCAGCUGCUCAAAGGUGACCAAGUCCGGCUGCCCACCCGGAGCAUCCACAAACACCUUCCUUCGCGGCUGUGUGUUCCGGAACAUACUGAGUUUCAACAUCCUUACGUUUGGCUGCACCCCCAUAUGCAACAGGACCCUCACGACACCACUGUGCUGUAAGGGCUUCUAUGGGCCAGACUGCACCCCGUGUCCUGGAGGGUUCAACACCCCCUGCUCCCGUCACGGACAGUGUUCUGAGGGGAUCGAGGGAAACGGGACGUGUGUCUGCGAGACCGACUUCAAAGGCUCCCGGUGUCACUACUGCUCCAACCCCAACAAAUACGGACCAGCCUGCGACAAAACUUGUGACUGUAUCCAUGGUGUGUGUGAUAACCGUCCCGAGGCAGACGGGCGUUGUAAGGUGGACUCCUGCCAGCCGGGCUACACUGGCCAGUACUGUGAGCGCCACACCCAGGCCUGUGGCCCCCAGGUGACCUUCUGUCAUGCCCACGCAGAGUGUAACUUCAACGGAGGGGCAGUCAAGUGUGUGUGUAACCCUGGUUUCCAAGGCGAUGGGAUCACGUGUGUGUAUACGGAACCCUGUGCCCUUCCGAACCGUGGAGGAUGCGAUGUGAAUGCCAAGUGUAUAAAGACAGGGCCAGGCUCACACACAUGCCAAUGUUUGGCAGGAUGGAGGAUGGAUGAGGAUGGGUGCCAGCCUAUCAAUGACUGCCUGGGCCCUGACAGAGGGGGCUGCCAUCCCAAUGCCACCUGCAUCUAUGUGGGCCCUGGACAGAGCGGCUGUGCGUGCAAGAGUGGUUUCCGUGGCAAUGGGAGAGAGUGCGAGGCGAACAAUCCGUGCGUGGCACAAAAUGGCGGCUGUCAUUAUCUGGCAAGCUGUCUCUACGUGUCCGGUGCAUGGAAGUGUGUGUGUGAGGAUGGAUACACAGGUGACGGAGAGGUGUGCUACGGCAACGUGGGACAGGAGUUGAUGGCCCUUCCUGAUGUCGCUGAGUUCGCCAAAUGGGUGACUGACGUAGGCAUUUCCCAGCUGCCACUCAUGAACAGUCAGAACGUAACUCUGCUGGUGCCGUCCACAGCAGCUACAGACAAGAUGACCAAAGAGGACAAGGACUUCUGGACAACCCAGGGGAACCUACCCAGUAUCAUCAAAAAUCACAUGAUCCAAGGUGUCUACUCACUAGAUGACCUCCGCGAUGCAUCCUCCAACUUGCAGCUCACUUCCGUUCUGAAGAAGGCUCUUCCUGUUACUAUUACCAAUGAGUCCACAGUGAUUGGAGGAGCCACCAUAACAACCGCGAAUGUGGCUUCAACCAAUGGACUGAUCCACAUUAUUGACACAGUGUUGGUUCCAGAGAGGAGCCUCAGUGAGGGGCUGCUGGAGCUGCUUGCACGGAGGCCAGAGUUCUCCCUGUUCAGGAGUUACCUUGUCCAUCACAACCUGACAGGAGAGAUAGAGCAGGCCUCGGCCUACACUGUGUUCGCUCCAACAGACGGCGCUGUCCUCGAGUACCUCAAGAAUACCGCUUCAGACACCAUGGACGUGAAUACGACGCGGUACCACGUAGUGCUGUCUGAUAGGUUAAUGAAGGUAGACCUGCUGGGUGGAGCCUACAAGGAGACCAUGCUGGGGUUCUCCUACCAGCUAGGCAUCUUACCCAGGGAUGACAAGUUGUUUGUGAAUGAAGCCCAGAUAAAUGUGUCAGACAUCCUGGGAGGUAAAGGGGUGAUCCACGGCCUAUCCGCAGUACUAGAUAUCAUCAGAAAUCGCUGCGACAUCCAGCAAUUCAAGACAUUUCCGGGAUUCUGUCAAGAUUGCUUCCACCCACAACUCAACUCCUGUCCAACUGGAGCUACCCCAGUGGUAUUGGUCAGGAAAAAGUGUAUGUUCAGUCGGGUCUACCAGGGGGCACAGCUGCUCAGCAUCGGCUGCAGGACCAUCUGCAAGAACACUACCAUUGUGCGGAGGUGCUGUGGCGGGUUCUACGGGGAGCACUGUGAGCCGUGUCCAGGGCCCAAAGGCCAGCCUUGCUAUGGGAACGGGAUGUGCCAGGACAUGACCAACGGUACAGGGGUUUGCCAGUGUAACAAGAACUUCAACGGGACUGCUUGUGAAGCGUGCCAGGAUGGCAAAUACGGCAUCCACUGUGACCAAGACUGUAGGUGUAAGAACGGCCGGUGCAACGAAAGUAUCCAUGGAGAUGGGACAUGCGAGUGUGACGCGUAUUGGAGAGGGGUCACCUGUGAUGAGAAGUUCACUAGAGAAGAGAACUGUGGGGACAGGACGUGCCACACCAGUGCAAUAUGUGUAGCAGGUCGCUGUGAAUGUCUGGCAGGGUUUCAGGGUAACGGCGUCGACUGCAAAGCGAAAGACGCCUGCAAAGACAAUAACGGGGGAUGCAGUCCUCACGCUGUGUGUAAGAGGACUCUCCCUGGACGCAGGCAGUGCGUGUGCAACACGGGAUACCACGGCGAUGGGAUGGUGUGUGUACAGAUCAACCCCUGCCUGGACGGUAAAGGAGGCUGCCAUGUGAAUGCAGGCUGUAUUCACACCGGACCUAACAAAACGUCGUGUGUGUGCAGCCACGGCUACACAGGAGAUGGGAAGGAGUCUUGUACGGUUAUCAACCUCUGUCGAACGAAACAAAGGGACUGCCACAGGUUCGCCAGGUGUAAUAUGACUGGUCCAGGGGAACACAGCUGCACCUGUAUGGACGGAUACAUGGGCGACGGCAUCCGCUGCAAAGGCACUGUGGGCAAGGAGCUUCUCACCAGGAAACUGAGGGAUUUCUAUCUUGGGUUGAUGAUGGCAGAUAUUUCUCUGAAGGGCCGGGGUCCAUUCACAGUCUUUGCUCCAACAGCUGAGGCCUUCGCCCGGGGGGAGAUGGCAAAAGAGUUGAGGCAUCCCUCGAAGAGAGACAAGAGGGCCAACAUUCUUCGCUACCACAUCGUGUCAUGUCAUACCUUAUUGGCCAGCGACCUGACCACGCCCAGAAACCUGACCACUCUCAUGGGAGACGUCUUGACCAUCACCUACUCUGAGGGUACCAUCCUCAUCAACAACAUGGUGAAAGUGGUGCGCAGUGAUGACCCGAGCAUCAAUGGGAUCAUCCAUGAGAUUGACACCUUCAUGAUACCAGAGAGGCUGAAGAAGGCUGAUGUGAUAGAGGGGCCAUUGAACCUCACUGAUGUGGCUGAUGGUAAUGGUUACAAGACCUUCUACAAACUGCUGUUGGACACAGAUGUGAUGGCAAUGGUGAAUGACCCCCUCCACCAGCCCGUGACAUUGUUCCUGCCGUCGGACCGCGCCAUGGCCGCACUGCCCCAGGAGCAGAAAGACUUCCUUUACAACUCACAGAACAGAGGACACCUGCUGGAGUACCUCAAAUACCACAUCCUCCGAGACACCAAGGUGUAUGCAGCAGAGCUGGUCCACAUCGAUCCUAUACGGACGCUCCAGGGAUCCGAACUCAAAGCCAACUGUGGAGGGCUGGACAACAUAGGUGAAAUCUUCCUCAACGACGGGAACUGCCGAAUCAUCCAGAGGCACAUCCCCUUCAACGGUGGGAUAGCCUAUGGGAUCGACUGUCUGCUGAACCCGCCGAGCCUCGGGGGUCGCUGUGACAAAAAGGAAACUGUAGAUUUCCCGCUACCCUGUUCAUUCUGCACAUCAUCAACACACUGCCCCCCUGGGUCCAAACUCAAGGAGGUGAAGAAAUGUGACCUGCACAUGAUAGUGAAUAUGAAUAAAGGCUGCCAGGCCAUAUGUACUUUUGUCCUCUGGCAACCCAAGUGCUGUGCUGGCUUCUAUGGACGUGACUGUCUGGUUUGUCCUGGCGGGAAUUCAUCUCCCUGUUUGAACCAUGGAAAGUGUGAUGACGGUCACCUAGGCAACGGUAACUGCACAUGUGACACUGGUUUCCAUGGCGACGCCUGUGAGUUGUGUAAAAAAGGCCACUAUGGACCAGACUGCACAGCAUGUAACUGCACAGGGCAUGGGUCAUGUGAAGAAGGCCUUAAAGGGACAGGCUCCUGUUUCUGUGAACAGGGCUGGACCGGGCAGCGCUGUGAGACACAACUAGCGGAGGGUCCAGUCUGCUCCCCAACCUGCUCUCAGAACGGCAUAUGUAAAGAGAACAACACCUGUGUAUGUAAACUUUUCUACGAGGGAGACGGCAUCAGCUGCAUAGUGGCUGACCUGUGUAAGUUCUGGAACGGUGGCUGUGCCCAGGGAGCUAAGUGCAGUCAGAAGGGGGAGACGGUGAGCUGCGCCUGCCCUCAGGGACACUCUGGAGACGGCUUCAUCUGUCGGCCCAUAGACCCUUGCUCCGUCGAUGACAACGGGGGUUGCCACGAGCACGCCACCUGCACCAUGACUGGGCCGGGAAAGAAGAAGUGUGUGUGUAAGGAUAACUACAUCGGGGACGGUGUGACGUGUGAGGUGAAGGAGCUUCUUGUGAACCGUUGUCUCCAGGAGAACGGGCAGUGCCACUCUGACGCCCAGUGUACCGACCUUCACUACGAGGACAGCACAGUCGGUGUGUUCCACUUCCGGUCCAACAAGGGACAGUACAAGCUGAACUAUACAUCGGCCCAGGAGGCCUGCACAGGAGAGGGGGGAACCAUCGCCACGUACACACAGCUCUCCUACGCACAGCAGGCUGGGCUCAACCUGUGUGCGGCUAGCUGGCUGGACCAGGCCAGAGUGGCCUACCCCACCACCUACUCCAACCCCAAGUGUGGCUUUGGUCACGUGGGCAUCGUAGACUACGGCUUACGCAACAACCUCAGCGAGACCUGGGACACCUUCUGCUACAGGGUCAAGGAGGUGAAAUGUGAAUGUAAAGCAGGAUAUAUAGGAGAUGGAUACUCCUGCAUUGGAAACCUCCUGCAGGUCCUCACUGAGAAGCCCACCUUCUCCAACUUCCUCUCUCAAAUCCUGAACUACUCCCAGAUGUCCGUGUCAGGAAAACAGUUUAUGAAGCGCCUCAGUAACCUGACCAUCCAGUCCACUCUGUUUGUACCUGAUAAUACCGGACUGUACCAGAACCAGACACUGACCCACAGGGACAUGGAGUACCAUCUCUCGGAGGGCCGGGCCUUGGCCCUGAAAGACCUGACCAACGGCAGCCGUAUCCGCACCCGGCUGGGCCAAAGCCUCAUUGUCCUGGGUAUCGUUGACUUCCUCAACCCCAAAGUCCUGAGUUCCUCACGUUAUAUCAACGACCGCUUCAUCGUCGACUCCGACAUCCUGGCAUCCAAUGGGAUCAUCCAUGUGCUGCAGGGACCCCUCAAAGCCCCUCCCCCUUGGAUAGUGCUCCAUGCGGGUCACAAGGCAGGGAUGGGGAUUGGAGUUGUGCUGUUGAUCAUGCUGAUGGCUGGGGCUGGGUUCGUAGGCUACCACUUCUACACCCACAAGACCAAACCAUUCCAGUUCCACUACUUUAAGGAAGAGGACGAGACACCUCCAGACUGCAACCCUGCCAUCUGCAACCCCAGCAUUGUUAACCCCACUUAUGACUCUGCCCCUGCCACAAGUGAACCCGUUCCAUCUGAGCUUCCUGAGGAGGACAAACACCAUGUGGUAGAGGGUGGCCCGUAUGACCUGCUCCAGGACUGCUGAGAGACACACGUCACAGUCCUCACUCUCCCUCUGAUAAAGCUGUGAGGAGUGCUACU